AGAAUCUUGAUAGUGAGAAGUGCGACAGAGAAUUAUAUUUUUUCUCAUACUUCGGUUGAAAUCCCGCUUUUUGAUCGAAACGUGUGAAUAGAGUGGAAAUCGCGUGAUCUCAACGAGCUGAGAUUUUAUCGAAGCAUUUGGUGAACCGCUUCGCUUUAACGCUGUGAGCGAGAUAUGAGGUUGUUAUUCACCUCUGAUGUUUCUGACCAUGUGUUUUCCCUAGAAGUGGGAGAGGACAUCGAACUUGCAGUGCUAAAGGCGUUAUGCGAAUCGGAAAGCGGGAUCCCGGGACAAGAAAUGAGUCUCAUCUUCAACAACACGUCGCUGGAUGGCGACAGCCGUUUAAUUGGAUCAUUCGGUCUCAAGGAUAAUGAUAUGGUACUUGUUCGACGUCGUCAAUCGAACUCUUCUCGUAGUCCGAGUCGUUCAGUGCCCGGUCCGAGCCAGGCCUCUAUGGAUGACCCACGUGUACUACGCGAAAUGUUUCUCGCCAAUCCGGAGCAGCGAGCUUUGCUCAAUCAGUCGAAUCCUCCGUUGGCCAAAGCACUGGAAAGCAGCGAUCCGGAAGAAUUCAACAAAGUUUUUCGGGAACAAAUGCGAGUUCGUCAAGAGGAAGAACGGAGAAGAAUGAUGAUGUUGACGGCGGAUCCGUUUGACCCGACUGCCCAACAAAUGAUUGCGGAAGAGAUCAGAAGGAAGAACGUGGACGCGAACAUGGAGCAAGCUUUGGAACACAAUCCGGAAAGUUUCGGUACUGUUGUCAUGCUUUACGUUGAUUGCGUUGUGAAUAAGCAUCACGUCAAGGCAUUUGUUGAUACUGGUGCGCAGACGACUUUGAUGUCAGCUGAGUGUGCGGAUCGGUGCGGGAUCAAAAGGUUGAUUGACACUCGGUGGAGUGGGAUUGCGAAAGGUGUGGGAACUCAAAGAAUCACGGGUAGGAUCCACAUGGUUCAAAUCGAGAUUGCUGGCUGCUUUCUGGCCUCGUCUUUUUCCAUUCUGGAGGAUCAACCCAUGGAUAUGCUGCUCGGCCUUGAUAUGCUCAAACGUCAUCAGUGCAUUGUUGACUUGAAUCGCAACGUGUUGAUCAUUGGCACAACCGGAAAGGAAACUCGUUUCCUCAACGAAAACGAGCUUCCCCCUUGUGCCCGGAUGUCUGGUCCAGCCGCAGCCGCGGAAGCCACGAGCGCUGAUGAUGAAGCGCUCGCUAAGGCAUUGGCAGCAUCUGCAGAAGAAGCAGCUUCCAAACAGUCUCCGUUUCCUGAAAAGGAUAUCAAAGAAGUGAUGAACGCAGGGUGCAAUCGUCAGCAAGCCUUGGACGAGCUCACGAAGGCGAAAGGUGACCCGAAAGUUGCCAUCAUCGCCGUCCUAACCCGAGGUUUCAGCAGUGGAACUUCCAAAAAAUGA